AUGGCUUUCGUCAAAGAUCCCUGCGGUAUUGUUUGCGUGCUGGUCACCUAUAUGGCUGUCCUGUACGCAGACUAUGUGGUAACGCAUUGGAUCAUUCUGCAAACAAUGCCCAACAGUCUCUGGGCACCGUUUCAUGUAGUGGCGUUCAAUACGAUCGUGUUCCUGCUAGCAAUGGCUCAUCUGAAAGCGGUACUGCUCGAUCCUGGCACGGUCCCAUUGCCCCAAAUCCGUAUCGACUUUUCCGACCUGCACUCGGAGAAAAACUAUGGCCACGAGCGGGAAGAAUGGACGAUGUGCACACGGUGUGAAACGUACCGACCGCCAAGGGCACACCACUGCCGUAUCUGUAAACGGUGCAUCCGGCGCAUGGACCAUCACUGUCCGUGGAUUAACAACUGUGUCGGCGAGAGAAACCAGAAAUAUUUCCUCCAGUUCCUGAUGUACGUUUGCGCACUUGCCGUCUAUUCGAUCUUUCUGAUCGUGAUCUCAUGGGUGUAUCCGUGCGAAGACUGUCACACGGAUGUGACGCAAGCCCAGAGCCGGAUGAUGCACAGUGUGCUGCUGUUGCUAGAAUCGGCUCUGUUCGGGCUUUUCGUUAUUGCAAUCAUGGUUGAUCAGAUGCAUGCAAUACUGUACGACGAGACGGCAGUAGAGGCGGUCCAGCAAAAGGGCCCGUACCGGAUCCAUCGACCGAAGAUGGCCUUGCUGGCGGAGGUUUGUGGCCGUGGACAUCCGAUGCUAUGGAUGCUGCCCUGUACUAGCCUGAACCGAAAGCAUCACGAUGUGCCGUUACUGAGCCACGAUGUGUAA